CCAAGCAAGCAAGCACAGCGACCACUCGCUCUCCCCCAUCGCAAGCCUUGCGAGAGACUAUCGGCCACCUUCACCCUCACCCCUGACAAGCAAAAGAUGGCGCAGCCAACCAAGAAGGCCAAGGUUGCUGGCAAUGUGUUCAACCAUGACGAGAAGACCCCAGCCGUGAAGCAGGCCGGCAACGGCCUCGUGGAGCAGGAUGGCCUCAAGUACUUCACUGGCUUUGGAAACGAGUUUUCGUCGGAAGCCAUUGAGGGCGCCCUGCCCAUCGGCCAGAACACGCCGCAGCAGUGCGCGUACGGCCUGUACGCGGAGCAGCUCUCCGGCACGGCCUUUACGCGCCCGCGCUCCCACAACCAGCGCAGCUGGCUCUACCGUAUCCGCCCCGCCGUGGUCCACGAUGCCUUCAAGAAGGUGGACGUGAACAACAUCAACCAGAAGUGGGGCGAGUGCGAGGGUGACCCCAACCAGAUGCGGUGGAGCCCGUUCCCGCUGCCCAAGGACGGCGAGCGCGUCAACUUUGUCCAGGGCCUGGCGACGGUCGCCGGCGCCGGUGAUCCGUGCAUGCGCAGUGGCAUGGCCAUCCACGUGUACGCCUGCAACGCCAACAUGGACAACUGCUGCUUCUACAGCUCCGACGGCGAUAUGCUCAUUGUUCCCCAGCUGGGCACGCUGCACAUCACGACCGAGUUUGGCGAGAUGAACGUCUGCAACAACGAAAUCUGCGUCAUUCAGGUGUGUGUGUGUGUGUGUGUGUGUGUGUGUGUGGGCUACAUCAGCGAGAUCUUUGGCAGCCACUUCCAACUGCCAGACCUCGGCCCAAUCGGUGCCAACGGCCUUGCCAACCCGCGGGAUUUCCUGACGCCAAUCGCCAAAUACGAGGACGUGGAUGGUGAUUUCACCGUCUACAACAAAUACCAGGGGCAAAUGUUCUCCGCAAAGCAGGACCACUCCCCUUUCGACGUGGUUGCGUGGCACGGGAACUACGCGCCGUACAAGUACGACCUCGCAAAGUUUGCCGUCGUCAACUCUGUCUCCUUUGACCACAUGGACCCAUCCAUCUUCACGGUGCUGACGGCGCCAACACCAACACCGGGCCUUGCCCUGAUUGACUUUGUCAUCUUCCCGCCCCGCUGGUCUGUGCACGAGCAUACGUUCCGCCCGCCCUACUACCACCGCAACUGCAUGGCCGAGUUUAUGGGGCUCAUUCGCGGCCACUAUGAGGCAAAGGCAGAGGGCUUUGCGCCUGGCGGUGCGACGCUGCACAGCAUGAUGACUCCACACGGGCCCGACCGCCAGUGCUUUGAGUCUGCCAGCAGCGCCGAGCUCAAGCCAGAGGUCAUUGCAAAGGGAACACAGGCAUUCAUGUUCGAGACUAGCCUGGGCCUCAAGACAACCCCGUGGGCUGCCACGUGCGGCGCCCGCCAAGAGGACUACCACGCUGUGUGGCGCGGUCUGGACAAGCACUUCAAGCCGCCAUCGAAGUAA